UCAGUAGAUACCAUAUAUGUAAUCCAAUCCAAGGCCAUUUUUAUUUCUAUUUUCUAUAUUUAAUCUUAAACCAAUACAUAUUUAUAUUUACAAGGAUUUACUAUCCUUAAUCGUGUAAAAAAUUUUCUGCAAUCUCAUGUCUGCUUUGGCUUACAUUUGUGAUUACGGAAGCGAAGAAGAGACUACAGAUAGUGAAAAAGAAGAUACUGAGAAUUUAGAAAAGUUAAAGUUACCAACCCCGAAUCUAAGUGGAGUCUCUGUUGUGUUGUCAGAAGAACAUAUUGAUAACCCCUCACUUCACAGUGGGCGUACUCGUUCUUUUCCACACAUAAGAGGAAAUUGGGCCACAUUUAUAUAUGUUGAAUAUCCGAAUAAGGGAAAUCUAUUUCAAAUAAUAGAAAAAUUAGAGGCUUUAGUAAAAUCUGUUGAUGAAUCAUGUAUGGUAUGUGAGGAUGUACACAUAAGCCUAUCUAAAACAUUUGUUUUAAGAUAUCACAUGAUAAAGUCCUUUACAUCAACAUUACAGAAUGUGCUAAAUAACAACAACAGUUUUAUAUUGAACUUUGAUUCUGUUGAAGUAUAUUGUAAUGAAGAAAAUACUCGUACAUUUAUUGCCCUUGGAGUAGAUGCUUUAAGUCAUGCCUAUUUGAAUAAUAUACUCAAACAAAUAAACACUCUUUUAGAUGAUUUCAAACUACCAACAUUUUAUGAGAAUCCAUCGUUUCAUAUGAGCAUUCUAAGUGUGAAUGGAAAUAAAAAAGAUUUACUGUUGAAAAUUUUAAACAACUUAUAUGAUAUUUUUAUACAACAAAAAUAUAUACUAAAAUCCGAAAACAUCAACAAGGUAAAUUGCAAAAGUGGAAAUAAAAUUUAUCAGUACUGUUUAAAGUAACUUCAACAAUGGAUAGAAAUCCAAAUAAAGUAUACAUUAACCCAAAUUUUCAAAGAACUCCUCUUAAAAAUGCAUGGUCAUUUCAACAUUCAGACAAUACUAAUUUAUAUCAAUAUGGUUCACAAUUGCAAAAUGUUGAAGCUGUAAACAGAU